GCUGAACUAGAUUAUAUACCUAUUCUCGCGUUCGUAUUUUUUAUAUAAAACGCAGCAUCGCUCUAAGAUUUAACUAGCAUUUUAAAUCAUCAAUCAAAGAAACAAUGACGCUUUACAUCAUCUUAAUGGUGCUCUGCCCUGUUAUGAUUUUAGGGGACAUCAUUUCAUGGAUUUCUAUAGUCGAACUAUUGAAGCCCAGCCUAUUCAUUCCACAUGGUCGUAUAGUCGGAGGCACACCAACAUCGAUUGAAGAGCAUCCAUGGCAAGUAUCAAUCCAAAUGUUAGGCUUUCACAUGUGUGGCGGUAGUAUCGUCUCCCAAAAUUUCAUCCUAACAGCUGGCCAUUGCGCGAGUUACCUAUCAGGAUGGCUUAGUGUCCGAGUAAAUAGUUCGAUAAAGCACAAAGACGGCGCGGUGCACCGAGUCGACCAAAUAAUCCGUCACGAGGAUUAUAGCAUAAACGAACUCGGUGUGAGCGUCAACGACGUGGCGGUAUUAAAACUUCGCACGUGCAUAGUACUUGGCCAAGGCAGUCAACCUGUAGACUUAUUUAAUAGCAAUGAGAACGCACCAAAUGGUGUCUUAGCUACAAUUUCCGGUUGGGGUGCAUUAACCGAAGGUGGAAGUUCACCAGAAAUACUUCACAUCGCACAUGUGCCGAUCGUCGACAAAAAGGUUUGCCACAAAGCUUACGAAUUUCAAGGUGGAUUAUCCCAUGGGCAAAUAUGCGCUGCUUAUCCACAAGGUGGAAAGGAUACUUGUCAAGGUGAUUCUGGCGGUCCUAUGGUUGUCGAUGGUCGACAAGCUGGUAUUGUCAGUUGGGGAAAUGGAUGCGCCAGGAAGGGAUAUCCUGGAGUUUACACGGAAAUUGCUUAUUUCCGAAAAUGGAUUUCGAAAAAUACUGGAGUCUAGGUAUAUUUUUCCUCAAGUUCAUGGAAUUACGUUUAAUAAAAAAUGUUUCCACGAAUUCUUGCAUCCGUUUUUAUCUGUGAUUAUUUCAUAUAAAAUUAAUGAAAUAAGAAGUUCGUUAAUAUAGAUUUACUAUAUAUGCAAACGUGAAGAUUAACCUUGGAACUGAAAAAGAUAAUCUUGAUCGAUUGAUUGAUAUCUCCGUGAUGAAAUCAUCAGCAUUAUCUCCAACAGCUAAUAGCAGAAUUAAAAUUUAUUUUAUUUUCGACGGAUUCUCGUCCACAAGGCAGUGUUACUACUUUUGAGACUAACUUUCUUAUUAAAUAAAAUGUUUAUAAAAUUUCUAUCUAGAAAAUUAUUUC